AAGGGGCCCUGGGCGCCCGAGGAGGACGCGCUCGUCGUCGAGCUCGUGGAGCGCCACGGGCCCAAGAAGUGGUCCACGAUCGCCGCGCACCUGCCCGGGCGCGUGUCGAAGCAGUGCCGCGAGCGCUGGCACAACGUCCUCGACCCGGAG